AUGUCUGCUGAAAAGACAAAAGCAGUGAUUCAAGCUGUCAAGCAAGUCCAGGCUGAAAGAAAUCGUAGUGAGCAUGUGUUGACAAAUAUCAAUCGAACUCAUGAACGGAUCAAACAGGAUGGCAAACUCACCCCCUAUUACAAGACAAAGUUACGGUCAUUGUAUUCAUCGGCACUAGCAGAAGCCUCAAACGAGGUGGAGGCAUUGCAGAGAGCCCUGGAUAAGAUUUAUGAGAUCCGUACCAUUCGGGCUGAGAGAUGCCUUGCAUCUCGCCUUCGUAGAGGUGCCCUGAUGAUGCUUCUACAGAAUGUGGCUGUUACCCUGCCACUGUAUGUUGGAAAGAAGGAUGAAGAGCCUCCUCCACUUUGUGGAGCCAUCCCUGCUGAAUCCAGCUACAUUGCCAAGCCAGGUGAGAUGGUGGCAGCUCUGGUGAAAGGAGAAGAAGGUGAUGACAAUUGGAUAUUAGCAGAAGUGGUUGGAUGGAAUGCAGCUCUUGUUAAAUAUGAAGUUGAUGAUAUUGAUGAAGAACAGAAGGAAAGACAUGUUUUGAGUCGACGUCGUGUGAUUCCACUUCCACAGAUGAGGGCUGACCCAGUCACUUGCCCUGAGGCUUUACAUCCCACUGGAUCAACAGUCUUGGCCAUCUAUCCCCAGACCACCUGCUUCUACAAGGCCAUUGUGAAGAAAUCUCCAAGUGUAGCAACUGAAGACUAUGAAGUCCUGUUUGAGGAUCCUCAAUAUGAUGAUGGGUAUUCCCCUCCACUACAAGUUGCCCAAAGAUACAUCAUAUCUAAUAAUGAAAAUAACCCCUAUCUCUUGAUGAAGUCUUACAAGUGUUGGUUCCAGUUUCUUGAAGACAAAGUCAAGUGGAAGACGAUAGAGUCUUCUGAUGGGGUUCAUGGUAGCCUUGUAGUAUUCAGGCACAAAACGGGGCUCUCGAUGGCUGAGAGCAGUUCACCAGCCAUGGGUAAGAAGCCUGAUGAUAUGGAUGUUUUGCCACUGUCCUUCAUCUUUGUGUGCAUGAUCACAUUCAACAACUUGUGCCUCAAGUAUGUGGAUGUCACCUUCUAUUAUAUCAGCAGAUCUCUGACAACGAUCUUCAAUGUCAUCUUCAGUUUUCUUAUUCUUGGUGAAAAAACAUCAAAACCGGUGAUGGGUUGCUGUGCUGUGAUAAUUGGAGGCUAUUACAUGGGCAUAGAUCAGGAGCAUGGUGUUGGGUAUCUUUCCCUUGCUGGGGUUAGCUAUGGGUUUCUUGCCUGUAUCUUUGUAUCACUGAAUGCCAUUUUCACAAAGAAGAUUCUCCCUGCUGUGGACAACAGUGUCUGGAAACUGACCUUCUACAAUAACGUGAAUGGAGCCAUCAUCUUCAUCCCACUUAUGCUCCUGUUCCAAGAGCAGUCUGUGGUCUUCAACUUCCCCAAUUUGAGCAGCUUUCUGUUUUGGUUCUUGAUGUCCAUCACUGGAGUGUGUGGAUUUGCCAUUGCUUAUGUCACCAUUCUGCAGAUCCAGGUGACAUCGCCCCUCACCCACAACAUCUCAGGGACAGCCAAAGCCUGUGCCCAGACUGUGAUUGCAUCUGUAUGGUAUCAUGAGCUGCGCCCUGCACUCUGGUGGCUCUCAAACAUGAUUGUGUUGGUGUCCAUCAUGUGGCUGACCACCCACUGGCUCCUCCUUUCGUACCUCACACAGUCCGAGGAACAGCCUUCGUCAUGGGAGAGUCUCUUCCAAUUGACACUUGCCUAUCGAGCUGUUCUGUUGGACUUGGAAGUCCUCGAUCGAUUGGAUCGAUUUCGGUCGGACACAGGGGCACAUAGUGAGACUGUCCUUACCUUUGGAGUCUUCGAGAAAUUUGUCCAACGUGGAUCAUGGCUUUAUGCUGCAUGCAUCCAAGAUGUGAAGUGCCAGGCAUCAAAUGUUCUAAGUUCAGCACAGCUCUUCACAAAGCUAGCCACUCAAAAACAAAUUAUGAAGAUGAAUGCAGCCACUAUUCCCCUGUGGGAGAACAGAGAAGACUUUGCUGUUCGCUGGACGCUGAUCAGCCGAGCAGACAACAAGGUUUAUCAGAUCAUUGGGGUGCUGGAUGGUCUCGUGUCUCCCCUCAUCCACAUGGUGAUCCUCUAUGAGACAGAUGCAGGGUUCUUGCGCUUUGGGGGUCUCGAGUGGAAUCCUCAUUGGCGAGAUGACCUUCUGGCAAGUCAGAUUGAGGAAUUACUUCCUUGGCUGCAUGAUGGCUCCAUUCAUAGGUUUGAAACCCGCCGCAUGCCACUCCUUGGGACUUCGGGUGGCAUCGUGGUCCCAAAAGAUCCCCUGGCUGUCACAAGGGAACUCUGGGACUCCGUCUACAUCCCUUGCAAUGAGACGAGGGCUCAGGAGUUCUACCAUCUGCACGGGCCUCGGGAUGAGUCCCGCGAGGCGACCCUGUUUCGGCACAAAGCGUGGAAGAUCCUUGCCAAUGCUAAGACGGCUUUAGAUUCCAUCAAAGUCCCCUUCUGGAUCUCUAGAUAUUUUCGACAAUGUGACAUCAUCCCCUACAGUCAAGACGUGGACGUCGGGAUCUUCAUCGCCAACUACAAGCCCGAGAUCCGGGACGUGUUCUUGCGGAACGGCUUCAAGCUCAAGCACGUGUUCGGCCUCGUCAACGAUAGCUACGAGCUUUCUUUUCUCUACGAAGGGGUCAAACUGGACGUGUUCUUUUUCUACGAGAGCAAAGAUGUGAUGUGGAACGGUGGAACGCAGGCUCGAACGGGACUCAAGUUCAAAUAUGUCUUCCCAAGAUUCUCACUGUGCUGGACGGAUUUCCUGGAGCUUCGGCUCAGGGUCCCCUGUCCGACUCUUCCAUACGUCGAGGCCAACUACGGAAAGGACUGGUUCACGCCCGUCGUGCAAUGGGACUGGAAGUCUUCUCCUCCCAAUGUGCAGCCGAAUGGAGUGUGGCCUCGGCAUCUCUGGUCGCUAGUCAUCCAGGUUUAUCCUUCCUGAUCUCAUGGUGCAGUCUGUUGAUUCGAGAAUGAAGUUUUUUUCAUUGUUGA